ACAAUACCAAAAAAAAAAAAAAAAAAACCCAAUAAAUUUGAGCUUGGGCAGCAAGAAAAUCAGUAGCAGCAGAAGGAAAGAAACGAACGAAGCGCGUGUGCUUUUAGUCUUUGUUUUCGACAAAAAUCUGAAAAUGGGUCUUUGCCUGAAAGAGAGGUCUAGUUCGAAUUACCAGAAAGCUUAGUAAGGUAGCCAUGCCCAUUUCUCGGUUUCUUUUCUUUUCCUCCAAACGCAGCUCUACACAGCAGGCUCUCAAUCUACUCAAGAGGUGUGGUCCAUCUAAGAGAAUUCAAUCUUGUAACUAUACCAAAUCAUCAGGGGGGUUCAGUAAUGGAAAGACACGUGCUCAUUCUGUGACGUCUGUAGAAACACAGGCUUCUCGCUCUUGGGCUGUUUAUGCAGUUCCAGCUGCUUUACUUGGAUUUGCGGGACUAGCAACUCUUGUUCAUUAUAAUGAUGAGAGAAGAGCAAUUCCGAAAGGCCAGGGCAACAAAUCCAGUGGAAAUACUGUAAAGGGGCCUACAAUUGGUGGUCCAUUCACUUUAGUUGAUACUGAGAAUCGAAUUGUUACUGAACAGAAUUUUCAUGGAAAGUGGGUUCUCCUCUAUUUUGGCUAUACUUCAUCUCCAGAUGUUGGGCCAGAGCAAGUACAAAUUAUGGCCAAGGCUGUAAAGUUACUAGAGUCAAAAUAUAAUUCCGAGAUUCUACCAGUGUUUGUUACUAUUGAUCCUCAACGUGACAACCCUUCACAACUUCGUGCUUACCUUAACGAAUUUGACUCAAGAAUAAUAGGAUUAACGGGGCCUGUAUCGGCUAUCAGGCAGAUGGCACAGGAGUACCGCAUAUAUUUCAAAAAAGUAGAAGAGGAGGGAGAUGACUAUCUUGUUGACUCUUCCCACAACAUGUAUCUGAUGAACCCGAGAAUAGAGGUUGCAAGAUGCUUUGGGGUUGAGUACAAUGCAGAGGAAUUGUCAGAGGCAAUAUUAAAGGCGAUGAUAAGUACCCCUACUUAAUAGCUCCAAAUUUUUGAUAGAAUGUCAAUUCUGAUAUGCAGUAAGAGAAAUACCAUAUUUUUGACAUCAUUUUAACACGACCUUUAUUUUUGGGGUUAUUUUUUUUUUUUUGAUGAAAUUUCUUUACACAUUUUACUGAGUUCAAAUGUCACACCUGACUAACCAGCUGCUAGAUUUUUAGUUAGCUGAGUAAUCGGUUUCAACAUCAUUUGAACAAGAACAUAAAAAGAUGAAUGGCAAUCUAAUUUUUGAAUGAUA